ACUCCCUCGUAUCAUCCUCAGUGAGGACUUGUAUCAUCGACGAAUGGUGUAUUGUUGCUUCCGCAAUGUUCAGUGAUCUAUACUUUUCUGACUCUGAAGCGCAUGCGGAUUCUAACAUUUAAUUUCUGCUGUGGGGUAGAGAAUACUUCUCUUCAAGACCAUGGUGGCAGCGCUGUAGGAACUUUGGAGUGGCACUACCUGGCACAGUGUCUAUGACUUCACUGUGGAUUAGCCUGGAGACAUGCACCCAUCAUCGAGGACUGACUUUGUGUCUUUAACCCUCCCUGGAAGUGGCAACUAUAACAACAGCAAACAAUGGAGAAGACAGUCCUGCUUGAGGAGAUGGAAACAGUUAUCCCGAUUACAGCGCAACCUCAUCCUCUUUGCUGUGGCUCUCGUGUUGGUUUGUGGGAUUGCCAUUUACCCCAGUGUCACAAAACAUUUCCGAGGUCUUACUGUUUUUUCGAAAGAGGAUGUGGAUCCUGAUUUGAAACAUGUCGUCCCAAAGGUCCUACUUGAGCCAGCCAGGCAGAACCAACCACUAAUACCAGAGCCACCCUCAGAAAGACAUAAGAGGGCACCUCACAAGCGGGGGCCCCCUGGCCUGCAGAAUCGACCCCAAAAGAAAGACAAUGUGUCAGAUACUCCGAUGGAGGAGAAUCGGCAACAAGCCAAGAAACAGGAUGACGAUGAGGGACAGAAGCCACUUGUUAACUGGCGUGGGGCCAUUAUUGAGGCUGACCAAGCCACUGAAGGAGGAACUGCCAAGGAAGCAGAGAACAAAGUGGCAGUGGUUGAGCAAGGCAAUCAUUCAAACAAGGAGCUAGACAUCACUAGGCUCGAGGCAGUACGCGCCGCUUUCAGACAUGCAUGGAAGGGCUACAAAGAGUUUGCCUGGGGCCAAGAUGAGCUGAGGCCUGUAUCUAAGUCCUAUGGAGAGUGGUUUGGCCUGGGCUUAACCUUAAUUGAUGCAUUGGACACCAUGUGGAUCCUCAACCUCAAGGAAGAGUUUGAGGAGGCUAAGACCUGGGUGGCCACAGAGCUGACCUUCAACAAGAACGUGGAUGUGAACCUUUUUGAAAGCACCAUCCGAAUUCUGGGCGGUUUGCUGAGUACAUACCAUCUGACUGGAGACACCCUGUUCCUGGACAAGGCUAAAGACAUAGGAACCAGGUUAAUGCCCGCCUUCAACACGCCGUCCAAAAUCCCCUACUCGGACGUGAACAUCGGGAAGGGUACGGCCCACCCCCCGCGAUGGACAUCCGACAGCACUGUUGCCGAGGUGACCAGCAUCCAGCUGGAGUUUAGGGAGCUGAGUCGCCUCACUCAGGACUCGCGCUACCAGGCGGCAGUUGACGAAAUUAUGCGGAAAGUCCACAAGUUGGAGGGGAAACAGGACGGCCUCGUCCCCAUGUUCAUCAACACCAACACGGGCCAGUUUACCCACCUGGGUGUUUUCACUCUGGGCGCUCGGGCAGACAGCUACUACGAAUACCUCCUCAAACAGUGGAUCCAAGGAGGCAAAAAGGAGACAGAGUUGCUGGAGGAUUACCUGCAGGCCCUGGAGGGAGUGAAGAAGAACUUGCUGAAGAAGUCAUCUCCCAGCGGCCUGACCUUUGUAGGGGAGAUGUCUCAUGGUCAAUUCAGCCCCAAAAUGGAUCACUUGGUGUGUUUUCUCCCGGGGACCUUGGCUCUAGGGGCCCACCACGGCCUGCCAGCCGACCACAUGGAGCUGGCCAAGCAGCUGAUGGAGACCUGCUACCAGAUGUACGCUCAGAUGGAGACGGGCCUGAGCCCUGAGAUUGUCCACUUCAACAUGCAUGAGGGCAGCAUCCGCGAUGUAGACGUGAAGCUUGCAGACAGACACAACCUCCUGCGCCCUGAAACGGUGGAGAGCCUGUUCUAUCUAUACAGGUUCACUAAAGACAGGAAGUAUAGAGACUGGGGCUGGGAGAUCCUCCAGAACUUUAACAAGUACACCAAGGUUUCUACUGGUGGCUACACGUCAAUCAACAAUGUCCGGGACCCAGCGUACCCCAGUCCCCGGGACAAGAUGGAGAGCUUCUUCCUGGGGGAGACUCUGAAGUACUUCUACCUGCUGUUUUCUGACGACCUGGAGCUAAUCAGUCUGGACAAGUAUGUGUUCAACACCGAGGCCCACCCUCUGCCCAUCUGGCCUGCUGCAGAUUGAUGGGAUCACCCCCACAACAGAAUAUAAUACAGGACAGCUCAGGGCUUGGCUAACACCAAGAUAUGUUCUUAUUCCAUUUUAUAGAACUGACUCGAUUUCCUGUAUAUAUUUUUUUAAGGGUUUUAAUGUUUUUAUUGAGACAUAAGAGGUAAAGGUAGGACAGACUAGAACCCAUGCCAACUCUGGUGGCCUUGGCUGCAGCUUUAAACGCUGGACCACACAUGGACUCAGCUUUGGUUUGGUUUACCUUCUACCAACUUGACGGACUGUCUUCACCUCUUCAAGAAGCUGGAGCUCGAUCUUUAAUAAGAACUGAUUGUAAUAGUCAUGGGGGAAUAGCAGCCUGUUGCUGAGAUUGAGGUAUAGUAGUCUUGCUAUUUUUUGCGUUGUUCUUUUGAUUGGCUGUUCUCACCUAGCAAAGUGAAUAACAUAUUCUGAGGUAAAAAGAACGGAAUGGGUUUGGGAACCUAGUGUGAAUAAGUGAUGGCUCGCAGCACGGCCAACCAAUCAAAUGCCUUGUCUGGGUGGUUCUCCAAAUGUGCUGAGGAUGGCUGUGAAUUCAUUGACUCUAAAAAAAAAAUUAAAAAAAAAAACAUCAAAGUAGAUUUUUCUGUAAAAGGCACACUUGGCUAAAUAUAAUUCAGGUUUCUUAUUUUCUGCAAUGUUCUAAACUGGAAUACUACUGUCCAACCCAGUCUAAAUAUAUAUACAUAGACAUAGCUGCGUAAGACUCAUUACACUGUUGAUGUGAGGCCAUUCUGUUCUUUGACAGCAGUAGACUCUGAAAGAAGAGAUUAAAACAUGGGAGCCAGCCAAGCUGUGUCCUUAGCAAAGUUAGUUUGCCUACCAACACGAAAUAAAUUAGAUGAGCGACAGGACUCCACGCUUGUUAAAGAACGUGGUGCUAGAUUGACACAAUACAGAUUUAGGGAACGACAAUUGCAUAUUCCUUCCAUCUUAAAACUAAUUGUGUUCUAAGGGGACAGUCUUAUUUACUUGCAUACUGUGAACAUUUUUGUGUGUGGCUGACUGCAAGCACUUCAUGUUUUUUUGGGGUUUUUUUUUUUAGAUAUGGAAGUUGACAAAAUCAGCUGCUAUUUAAAUGUUUCUUUUUAAUUAUAAUUUUUCCUUUCCUUUGUGUUUUGGUGUCCAACUAGUGCAAGCUUGGGUAGAUAUUUGGGUAGUUAUACAUAGAUGUAUUUGUGAAAUGAAGCAGAAUUGAGUUUAAUAUAUAAAUGAUUUGUAACAUGUUGUGAUGUACUAUAUCUGAAUAGACAUUAUAAUUGUGGUUCAUACCACAGUGUUGUAGCGGUGGAACUAAAUUGUAGCUCCCAUAAGUCACCAUCAUUCCUGUAAAUGGCUAUUGUGAAUGUUCUGAUGUACAUUUUCACUGAGAUUAUUCUAUUUCUAGAAGUAUUUUAUUUAAGAGUUUGUAUUGAGACCAAACUCAAAAUUCUGUGUAGUGUGGGAUUUCGUUUUCUUCCCAAUUUGAAUGUCCGGCUCUCCCCUCUGUGUGCCUUCCGUGUUGCUCUAAACAGCAACAUUCUGAAAAUAUUUUGACAUUCAUGAACUGCUGUUUUGUUCAUGAAAUGGGCAGUGCUGUGAGGAACUACACCCUAUGAAGAUAUAUUUGGACAUCUGGAUAUUUGAUCUUAUAUUGACAGAAGGUAACUACUGAAAUAACACACAGAAUUACUUGGCAGUCGCAGUGUUUAAGGUUUGCUUUCAUGCAGGCAAAUUGGUGUGAUGUCAAAUUCUGUUAUCCCUACUUCACUAUUUGGUACUGUUUGUUUGGUAUUCACUCUAAUGAAUCUGCCUGCAUAAAGCAUUAAUGUAUUCCAGUGUGCAGAAUGCCCUGUUUUGCGAUGUUUUGUCAGUUCAGGUUUUGGGAAAAGCAGAAGUAACAAAAUUCUUCAACGAAGUGAUCUAAAAACUAGUAGGAUGUGUCCUCUGAUGGGACUAGGGACACCGGUCUUCUGGCUGACUUUCACAUCCGAGUUAGAUAUUCAUUUGUUCAGUAGGCGGUUGCUAUUUUUGGAGAUAAAACCCUGAUAUGCUGCAUACCACGGGUCAGCACCAGUAUCUUAAAACAAUUCCACUUCAAGGAAAGUCUAAAUUAAGGGUGAACCCAAACAAUGGAACGGAGGCCCCAGGGUAACCUAGAGGUCAAGAGCGUUGAGCCAGAAGAGCCGCUGGCUCUAAUCCCUGUGCCAACAUUGUCUAAAGGGUAGCAACACCAGCUAAAAAUGACACGUAAUCAUUUAUGUUACCUUUUACGUCAGUGUCAACAUAUCCCAAUAUGUAAUCAUACAAAACGUUUCAGUGGGCAUACUUCCUUACAUAACUGCAUAUGGCUGAUGUAAAUAACUGUUGUGCAAAGAUGUAUUUUUUUUAAAUAAUCAUGGCAUAAUUGUGAUAUGGAACGUGAUUUUACAAGUCCUUCAACCAUUUUUUUUGGUAUACGUCCAUCAUUCAACUGCUUAGACUUACAAUACAUAUCAUGAAAACAAGGGCUAUCUUCUUCCUGUGGCCCUUUCGCACCUCUGAUCAGUUGGUAUAUACUGCAGAUCACUUCAAUUCCUUUAAAACGCAAUGUGUUGCAAAAUGUAAAACACUUUUUUGUAAACCAAAGAUAUCCUGGUUAUUGUCUGAAUAACUGGAAUCGAGAAUUUCACUCUACAUUGUGUUUGGAAUGAUCAGAUAAGCCAUCGCCCUAAGCCAUGUUUUAUAACAAGGAUUCUUUGAUACAGCACCUGGUCAACAGUUGCCAGCUUCCUGCUAAACAAGGUCAAUAGUCAUGAUGUGGUUAAACAGUCCAACCAGGAUUCUGGAGAUUGGGAGUGAUAUCUGCAGGUUUAAAAUGCUUAAUUUUGCUGAUGAAAUUAUGACAUUUUGUAAUGAUUUUGUUGAUUGAACAAUAUGCAGUAAUAGGUUGCAAUUCUAAGCCUUUCUACUGCAGCUACGGGUCAGUUGUGUGAUGCCUUUAUGUGGAAGGUGUGCAGUCACAUUUGCAAGCCUUUGCAUAAUGUGUGGAAUACUCUUAAUUUUAUUUUUUUUGUGUGCAAAUUCUCAGAUGCCAGAAUCCCAAAAACAUGUAGGGAUGGCUUUACCAAGUCUUCUGUUUUUCUCACUAAGCUGUCAGUCAGUACAGGACCUUUUUUUUUUUAAGCCAAUGUAAUAUAUGAAAUAAGCCCAACCAACUCUGGCACUCAACUGGGACCUCAAGGGAAUAUAUGUGGUUGUGUGUUGUGGUUAUUUAAUUUUUUUGCAAGUAAUGUAUUCAUCAGAAUCUCUUAAUUCCAAGGGAGGUAUCAGCCUGCAUCAUUUGCAAUACUAUGUAUUUUAGGACAGCCUGUGAGUGGGAACUGUGUAAGAUCAGUGACUCAGCUGGAAAGUAGUUUACCCGUGUCUUGAUUUCAUUCUCUUUCAACUUGGGUAUGAACCAAGGGCUGGGAGCCAAACGGACCAGGGCCUGGUUCUGGGUCUGUAAACGUUCUUCUGUUACAAAAUGUCACUUGGUUUACAAUAAAAACAAUGGACCUGCUUUAAUUUUGUAAAAAUGUCAAGAUUAAAAUGCUUUAUUGAACAA